AUGCCUACAGAGCUUGAGGAGCUCGUUGACUUCCUACACCAUGGCAACACCCAGAUUCGCCAGAUCGCGGUGGAGAACCUGGUGCCGUACUCGAAAGCCGACUCGAAAAUAUUCAAGAGCAAACAGCUAGCACCUGUUAAAGACCUGAAAAUGCUCGUAAAGGAUUAUCCACCUAUCGCUAAGAACGCCCUGACAAUCCUAAUCAAUUUAUCGGCGGACUUAGAGGUCCUGAAAGAGCUUGCUGAAGAUGACGCAUUGUUGGAGACCGUCCUCUCCCGGUUGAUGAACUUCAAAGAGCCCACCAAAACCGAGCUCUGCAUGCUCCUCGCCAAUCUCGCGAAAUCCCCCUCGCUCGAACGUCUCGUCACGCUCGAACGCUCCCCCGUCCCUAACCUCCCUACAACCUCUCAACGUGCCAUCGCCCAAUUAAUCGACAUUUACAACGUCCUCUCCGUCUCGCAGGACUCCUACGACCACCUUGCCUAUCUCUUCAGCGACCUUGCAAGACACCCCUCAUUCACCGCCUACCUCACUACCACCGUCUCCCCCGACCCCUUAUCCCUCGACCCCCUCACCUCCUUCCUCCCACAAACAUCCCACGCUUCCCAUGUCCGCCGCCUCGGCACCGCUCUCCUCUUCCGCAAUAUUGCCCUCGCGCACCCCAACCCGCUCCACCUCCUACAACCCCCCAACCCCAUUAUCCCCUCUAUCCUCCCUGCCAUUCUGAUCCCCCUCUGCUCUUCCAAUCAAGAAAAUAUCACGGAAGAGGAGAUGGAGCUCUUGCCGGAGGAGUGUCAAUUGUUGCCGCCUGAGCAUCGGCAGGAGAGGGAUGAGGAGACUGUGUUGGGAUUGGUGGAGGCGUUGUGGUUGUUGUGCGCGAGGGGCGGGAGAACGGGGAGAGAGGUGGUCAGGGGGAAGGGGGCAGGGGGGUAUGUGGUUGUCAGGGAGUUGCAUCUGGGGUGGGAGGAGAAGGAGGGGAAGGAGGAGAAAGGGAAGGGGGUGAGGGACUGGUGCGAGAAGAUUGUUGAUUUGUUGAUGGGCGAUGAUGUCACUGAGGAGAAAGGGGUGGAUGAGAAGAAAGGGAGGGUGGAGGAGGUAGAGGAGGAAGAGGAUGAGGAGGAUGUUGUACCAAUAUUCUAA